AUGGCGGCGGCUCUGCUCAGCGAGCUGGAGAUCAAGCACCGCUCCAUGGCCGAGGAGGAUCCCAACGGCAACCAGCACGGGGCGGCGGCCCGCAGCAGCACCGUGCCUCGCUGGGGCCCGCAGCACGCCGGGGCCCGCCAGCUGGCCCAGCUCUACUCGCCCGGUAAACGGUUGCAAGAAUGGGUUUCUGUUAUCCUUUGCAUAAUCUUGGUCACAGUUGACUUUCUGCUCCUGUUAAUCCAUUUUUCAGCAAAUCAUCUUUAUAAAAUAAUAGCAGGUGUAGUUGCUGGAAUUAUUACAGCUGAUUUUGCCUCAGGCAUGGUUCACUGGGGAGCUGAUACCUGGGGUUCCGUUGAUAUCCCUGUCAUUGGCAAGGCAUUUAUCAGGCCAUUUAGAGAGCAUCAUAUUGAUCCAACAGCAAUAACCAGACAUGACUUCAUUGAGACCAAUGGAGAUAACUGUUUGAUAACCAUAAUUCCACUGGCCUUCAUGUUAUAUAAAUUCCUCUCUCAAACACCAGAAUAUAUACAUGAGACAUAUGCUUGGGAGUGCUUUAUGUUUGCGCUAGCUAUUUUUGUCACAAUGACUAAUCAGAUUCAUAAGUGGUCCCAUUCCUACUUUGGGCUGCCUCUAUGGGUCACAGUUUUGCAAGAUCUGCACAUCAUUUUACCGAGGAACCACCACAGAAUCCAUCACGUAGCACCCCAUGAAACCUAUUUUUGCAUCACUACAGGCUGGCUAAAUUACCCCUUGGACAGAAUAGGAUUUUGGAGGAAAAUGGAAAAUAUUAUAGAAGCAUUAACAGGUCAGAAACCUCGAACUGAUGAUUUACAGUGGGCAUGGAAGAUGCAAUAA